UUUAAGCAUGUUACACAAUAAUAGGCUAACAUUACGAGCUAAUUAGUCUCUAAUUAGGCCUAAUUAUAGUAGCCUAAUUAGUCUCUAAUUAGCCUAAUUUCAGUAGCUAAAUUAACGUAAUUAACUAGAGAAAUUAGCAUACCUUAGAGAGAUUGUACAUGUAUAUAUAUAUAGCGUGAUUUCCAACGAAUAAGAAUAUAGAAAAAUUCCCAGUUCUCUUUUCAAUUACAUGGUAUCAGAGCCAUGAACCAUCUUACCCGUGGUUCGGUUCUUUGAAUUAGGCGACAUCUUUGUGUGUCGACCUCACUGUGGUCAGCCCUUUGCCUCCGGAUUUCUGGCGGCAUCAUCUGUGAUUCCGGCAUCUGGGUUUCACUCCUAGUUGCCGGCAGUUUGGUUUCCAGCCAGCAGAUCGAUUGGAUUGUUGGGCAGAUCGAUUAGGUUGCCGGCAGUUUCUGAAAUCCCUCGGUCUCCAUUUGGGUUGGAGUCUGUGUUCCAGGUUCACCAUGCGAUUCACCAUGCGAUUCCGCCUCUGGUUUGAGUCUUUGUGACGCUGUUUUGUGGACGGAAAAUUCUGGUCGGCCAUCUUGAAUUACGGGAUUUUCUUUGGCUAAUUUCUGGUGAGUUGGGUACUUAUAUUCUAUUGGGCUCUACACACGUGAUCUAUUUAAUUGGGCCAUACUGGAUAUAUUUAUUUUAACUUUGGGCUGUUAGACUUGGUGGAUUAUUUGUGGACUUUUGUUUGAGUUGGAUUAAUUGAGUCUUUCAAUCUGCCUAUUAUUGGAUAAUUGAAUGAUGACUGAGUUCAAGGGAUCUGUGAGCGAGAUCAUUCCAGUGAUGUCCAAAAUCGCUGAACAUAAAUUGAAUAGCACUAAUUAUCUGGAAUGGAGUAAGACGAUUAGAAUCUAUUUACGGAGCAUAGACAAAGAUGAUCACUUAAAUAAAGAUCCACCUAAAGAUGAUACAAAACAAAGUUGGUUGAGAGAAGAUGCAAAACUUUUUUUACAAAUCAGAAACUCUAUUGACAGUGAGGUAAUUGGUUUAAUUAAUCACUGUGAAUUUGUAAAAGAGCUAAUGGACUAUCUGGAGUUUUUGUAUUCUGACAAAGGAAAUGUGUCAAGAAUUUAUGAAGUUUGUAGGGCUUUUUACCGUGCUGAAAAGGAAACCAAGUCCCUCACAACUCAUUUCAUGGACUUCAAAAGGACGUAUGAAGAACUUAAUAUACUAUUGCCAUUCAGCACUGAUGUCAAAGUUCAGCAAAUUCAAAGGGAGCAAAUGGCGGUUAUGAGCUUCCUGGCUGGUCUUCCUUCUGAAUUCGAGACUUCCAAAUCUCAAAUUCUCUCUAGCUCUGAAAUUCCCCCUCUUCAAGACGUCUUCAGUAGAGUUCUACGCACUGAAAAUACAUCACCUAUUCAGCAAAAUAAUGUUCUUGUUACCAAAGGAGGGGGAAAUUACUAUGCAAGGAGGCCCAACAAUAGGGGAAGAGAAAACAAGAAUACUGAUAACCGUAACUAUGAUUCAAGCAGCGUUGUGUGUUACUACGGCCAUGAACCAGGCCACACCAAGCCAUACUGUAGGAAAUUGCAAAAUCGCAAUAAGAGAACUCAGACCGCCAAUGUUGCUGCUACUCCUAGUUCAUCUUUUGAGAAAACUGUUAUGAUAUCAGGUGAUGAGUAUGCCAAAUUCUCUCAGUAUCAAGAAUCACUGAAGGAAUCCCCUCCAGUUACUGCCCUUGCUGAGUCAAGUAAAACAUGUCUUAUCUCCUCUUCAAAGAAAUGGGUAGUUGAUUCAGGAGCCACAGAUGACAUGACAGGAUCUUAUGAUGAAGCAGAUUAUUGGUAAAGGACAUGUAUCUGAUGGUCUCUAUAUUCUUGAUAUGUGGGUGCCUCGAUCAGUUGCUUGUUCCAGUACCAGCCUCCCAGUUAUAGCACAUUGUCAGUUAGGACAUCCAUCUCUGUCUACA